AUGCUCCCCUCCGUGGCAGCGCAGAGCACCUUCAAUUUUUAUGCAUACGGUAGCAGUGGGGACUUGAGUGCUGUCCCAUUGUUCUAUGAGAACGGCCAUGUCAUGCUGUCCAACCUCACCUCGCCCGCCAACCUGACCUCUGUGUACUUCACCGGGGACACCAAUGGACCAUCGGCUUGGACCGUCCACUCCAACACCACCACCGACCCAAACCCCCCGUUCACCUCUGGCUACGUGACUCUCGAAGCCUCGAGUGCAUCUAGUCGGACAGUCUUUGCCAAAGUCGACAAUAAGUUGCAGAAUCCCUUCUACGCGGCCGCAACAGAGACAAAGGGAAUCUACCAGCUGGUUUGGAAUCCACAGAAUCCUAACGAUGAACAACUUGAGGCGAUUGUCUUGCGAACGGUGAAACCGCCCGACCACAAAAUUUAA